UAGUCUUAUUUUUAAGUGAUCAAAAGGGCUCUCUCCUAAGUUUUAGGGGUAGUUGCACAAGACUAUAGCUGCUGAAGAGGAGUCCGAAUCAUAGUACAUCCGUUAUUGUUGCGCCAAACGAUUCUUUUUUUUCCUUUGCUGCCGUAUUGUAGUAUUGCUAAUCUUGCCCCUAAUUGGUCUCAAUCUCGGUCAAUUUAGGGUUUUCUCUCAUCAAAUCGAAUCUUGUUACAGUUUUUAGGGUUUCUAGUUCUGGUGAUGUAGUAGUCAUGGAGAACUAUAGCGAUUACUCUGAUAGUGAUCCUGAUGCCAACGAUGAACCGGAGCUCCUCGAAGCCGACGAACGCAGUGUUAAUCGUGAGGACCGAAAACCCUAUAGAAUUUUGAAAGAAUCUGAGAUACGUCUACGCAUGGAGGAUGAUAUCAAAGUCGUAUCGGCCGUCCUUUCUGUAUCGGAAGUUGAUGCAAGUAUCAUACUUCGGACCUAUAAUUGGAGUGUGAACAGAGUGAACGAUGCCUGGUUUUCAGAUGAAUACGCCGUUCGUGGUAGAGUAGGAUUGCUGGGAAAUCGUGUGCCGGUCGAUCGAUUCGCGUCAAAGUUUGUGGAUUGUGGGAUUUGCUUUGAAUCCUGCCGUCGUGAUCGGAUCAAGUCUGCGGCUUGUGGCCACCCUUAUUGUUGUGAAUGCUGGUCUGGCUACAUUGGAGCGUGCGUUGAUAACGGUCCAGGGUGCUUGACUAUGAAGUGUCCUGAACCAUCUUGCUCUGCUGCUGUGGGUGACGAUAUGAUCAAUGCUUUGGCAUCCGAGGAGGGUAAAGGUAAGUAUUAUAAUUACCUUUUUAGAUCAUACAUUGAGAACAGCAAGACUAGAAAGUGGUGUCCUGCUCCAAACUGUGAGUAUGCUUUUGAUUUUGUUGGUGGCGAUGGAGGUUCUGAGAUUACCUGCCUCUGCGCUCAUAAAUUUUGCUGGAAUUGUAACCAUAACGCCCACCGUCCUGUUGAUUGUGAAACUGUGGUGCAGUGGGUGGCUAAGUCUGGUGCUGAAAAUGUGAAUUGGGUAUUAGUUCAUACAAAACCUUGUCCUAAGUGCAAGCGAAAUAUAGAGAAAAACAUGGGGUGUAUGCACAUGACUUGCAGACCACCAUGUAAUCAUCAGUUUUGCUGGGUGUGCAUGAAAGACUGGCAUAAUCAUGGUAAUUGCAAUCGCUACGAGGACAAAAAGGAUACGCAACUGAGAGAGGAGGCCAAGAAAGAACUGGAGAAAUAUAAUCAUUAUUAUGAACGUUAUUCUGCUAAUGAAGUGUCUCAGAGAAAAGCUACAGAAUCAAUGAAAGAAGUUGAAACCAAGCAUAUUGUGACUCUUAGUGAUGUUCAGGGGGAACCAGAAACUCGCCUCAACUUCUUAAUUGAUGCCUGGAAACAGAUCAUUGAAUGCAGGCGAGUGUUGAAAUGGACAUAUGCAUACGGUUACUACUUGCCUGCACAUCAGCGCCCUAUGAAACAACUCUUUGAAUACUUGCAAGGAGAAGCAGAGUCGGGAUUGGAAAGGCUACAUUCUUGUGCAGAGAGAGAAGUACAACAGUUUAUUGACACAGAUCAACGCUCAGAAGAAUUCAUUCCAUUCCGAGUAAAGCUCAUUGGAUUGACGGAAGUGACUCGAAAUUUCUUCGAGAAUUUGGUUAGAGCCAUAGAGGAUGGGCUAUCAGAUGUGACUUCCGAGGGUGCUUGUAGCUCAGUUGUCAGUUCUCAAGGGGCUGGGGAGGAAUCAAAGAGGCAUAGGACGACAGCAUUGGAUGGUUGUUCUCGAAGUGCUGGCAGGGGCUCCAAGAGACGCAAGUGAUAACAUCCAUCAAUUUCAUAUUGUAAUGCCAUGCCUCGAACUUAAAGAUAAUGAGCUUCUCAGGUGAAGAAGAUUUUCCUGGAUACUUUUAUGCGUGUGACAUGGAGAAAUGGAAAACAAGCUUCUUGUGAGUCCAAUGAAGAAACUUACCAUAUUAUCUAUGGCUAAUUGUUUUUUUACUUCAACAUUCUACUAGUAACAAAUAAUACUCUCUCUCUGCUGACAUUGAUCCUCUGAUAUUUAAAAGCAAGUAAUCGUUGUUUAUACUGCUCGUUAUA